AUGACUGAUGGUAAGAGGCAGGAGGGGGAGCGGCAGCAACAGCCUUUGACUACACAAAAAGCACCCAAAUCCACAGAUGAGGGGAAGCUGCCGUAUCCCGCCCUGGCGCCUGUGGUCUUCUACUGCAUGAAACAAACCACGUUGCCCCGUAAGUGGUGUCUGAGCGUGAUCAGUAACCCAUAUCCUUUCUCACUGCUGGAGAUCUAUACCUGUCUGACACCCUCUAAGAUUAAAUAUGCAUUGGAUUCUUUUUUCUUUGCAUUCUUUCUAAUGGAGAUGGUCAUCAAGGCAGCGGCCCUGGGAUUCCAUGGCCAUCAAGGAAGUUACCUCAGCAACAACUGGAACAAGUUUGACUUCUUAAUCAUCUCUGGAGAGAUUUUGGAUCAUAUCUUGGCCUCUCUUGGUGUCGUGUCGGGGUUGCAUUUUUUUGAAACUCUUAGGCCGUUGCGACUGAUUGGCAGAGUACCAAGUAUGCGAAUCCUGGUGAUGGUGAUUGUCGACACCCUGCCCAUGCUUGCAAAUGUUCUUGUCCUCUACAUCUUUUUCAUCCACAUCUUCGGCGUUGUGGGGGUCCAGAUGUGGAAGGGGAAGCUGCGUAACCGCUGCUUCCUGGGUGAAGAUAUCCCCACGGAGUACAACAUGUCUCUAAGUCCAUACUAUGAGACCAAGCGUGGUAAAAAAAGCCCAUUCAUUUGUUCGACUAAUGUCAAGAAGGGAAUGUUGCACUGCAGUGAUGUGCCGCCUUACACCAAGGACGGGGUUACCUGCUCAUUGGACCCUCGCCACCAAGAUUCAGCCGGGAAGAAGAUAGUCCCUGAUGUGGUUGGGGCCAGUAGCAAUAGCUGCAUAAACUGGAACUUGUACUACAACGUCUGUCGCGAUGCGAAUGAAAACCCUCAUGAAGGAGUGAUCAACUUUGAUAACAUCGGCUACGCCUGGAUAACCAUAUUCCAGGUUGUCACACUGGAAGGAUGGACGGAGAUCAUGUACUAUGUUAUGGAUGCAAACUCCUUCUGGAGUUUUACAGUUUUGACAUUGGUCACUAUUAUGGGCUCUUUAGUCAUGAUGAAUGUGUGUGCAGUCGUCAUCGCCACCCAGUUCUCGGAGACCAUGGAAAGGGAGACAGACGAGCCGCGCUCUGGCCUGUUCAUCAAGCAGCUCUUAGAGAAGUUCAUAGACUUCAUCAUCGGGAAAUUGGGCAGACUUUUUAACAACAAGGUGAACCCCAAUGACAGUGGCAGCAGCAAAUACUCACUGUACAGGGGCACAAUGACUCAGAUCUGGAAGCCAACCAAGGAAAGGCUUAGGAGAGUUGUCAUGAGUAAACUCUUCGACCGAGCGAUCAUGGUGGCUGUUUUACUCAGUGUUCUUACAAUAGCCAUAGAGCACCAUAAGCAGCCUGCAGUGUUGACACAUGUGUUACAGUACAUCAACAUCACCUUCACCGUCAUAUUUGUAAUAGAAAUGGUCCUAAAACUGCUUGUUCUCAAGUUGGCAUACUUUAAAGACAAAAACAACAUCUUUGACUUUGUCAUCGUUAUGAUCAGCUUGUGGGAGAUAAUUGCUAAAGCUGACGGUAGGUUGUCAGCACUACGUGCAUUUCGUCUGCUGCGAUUUGUGAGACUGGUUCACUUCCUCCCUUACCUGAAGGCACAACUGCUUGUGAUGAAGAGGACCGUAGAGAAGGCAGCCGCGCUCUGCAUGCUGCUGCUGUUUGCCACCUUUGUUUUUAGUGUGCUGGGUAUGCACCUGUUUGGAUGCAAAUUUAGCUUCAAGUCGGUGCACGGAGACAUCGUCACUGACCGCAAAAACUUUGACUCAAUCCUCUGGUCCAUGGUCACUGUAUUCCAGAUUCUGACUCAGGAGGACUGGAAUUUCGUCUUGUACAAUGCCAUGGCUUCCACCUCCCCGUGGUCAGCUCUCUACUUUGUGGCUCUUAUUAUGUUUGGAAAACAUGUGCUCCUCAACGUACUUGUGGGCAUAGUUGUUAAGAGCUAUCAGGCAAAGAACACCCUCGAUGAAUCAGACUCCUCUCUCUUGCUCUAUGAGUCCUCCAGCUCUAGUGAAAAUCCAUCCAAUCCAAGAGUUAAUGUUGCAGAGUGGCGGGAGAGGUGUAACUUCCCAUGGAUCCAGAAAGUGCGCCGCUGGUGCGAAGCACGUGAAGAGUGGUCAUUUUACAUGUUGUCUCCACAGAACAGGUUUCGUAUCUGUUGCCAACAUGUGGUCUCGCACAAGUUGUUUGACCACAUGAUUCUGCUCUUCAUUCUGCUGAGCUGUGUCACCAUCGCUCUGGAGAGGCCUGGAAUAGACCCUAAAAGCACAGAGCAAUGGAUCCUGAAUAUGUCCCGUUACGUAUUCUCUGCAGUGUUUUUUGUAGAGAUGGUUUUUAAGGUUCUAGCGCUCGGUGUGGUGUUUGGGGAGGAGUGCUACUGUAAGUCUUCCUGGAACAUCAUGGAUGGUUCAUUGGUGAUUCUGUCUUUGGUCCACAUCUUUGUCUCUCUGUUGAAAAUGGACAAAGGUAACAUGUUGGGCAUGGUGAAAGUACUACGCCUGCUCCGUGCACUUCGUCCACUGAGGGUGAUCAAGCGAGCUCCAAGACUGAAGCUGGCUAUUGAGGCUCUGCUUGCCUCAGUUAAACCCAUCGGGAACAUUGUUCUUAUUUGCGGCGCCUUUUUCUUAUUCUUUGGCAUCCUCGGGGUGCAGCUGUUCAAAGGGAAGUUCUACUACUGUGACGGUUAUGACACACGAGCCAUCACCAACAGGACCGAUUGUCUGUCGGCCAACUAUCGCUGGGAGAAGAAGACGUACAACUUUGACAGCCUGCCUCAGGCUCUGAUGUCCUUGUUUGUAAUGUACUCUAAGGAUGGCUGGGUGAACAUCAUGUAUGACGGACUGGACGCUGUAGGAGUAGACAAACAGCCUGUGAGAAACUACAACAAAUGGAUGCUUAUUUUUUUCAUCUCAUUCAUGAUUGUGAGCAUCUUUCUUCUGGACAUGUUUAUUGGGGUAAUGGUGGAGACCUUCCACGAGUGUAUGCAGGACCAAAAACAAAAUGACGCCUUACAAAUCAACGAAGAACAAGUGAUAGAAGAGCAGACCAACAAAAGUGCUGAGCCAGAGUCGGUGCCGGUGCCUUAUUAUGAACACUACUCCCCCCUGCGUCGCUCUAUUCACACUGUGUGUACCAGCAGCUUCCUGGACCUCUUCAUGACUGUUAUAAUUAUCCUCAGUGUGUUGAUUAUGGCUUUCGAACAUUAUAAUCAACCUGAGCAUGUGGUGAAGCUCAUGGAGUAUUCGUACUAUGUGUUUACUGCCAUUCUUAUCAUUGAAGUCCUGCUGAAGCUUGUGGCGUUUGGUGCACUGAGGUUCUUUCAAAACAGUUGGAACCUGCUAGACCUCGGGAUAGUCGUGGUCUCCAUCAUUAGCAUCAUUUUCACAGAGAUGAAAAUGGCAGACGCUAUUCCCAUCAACCCCAGCAUCCUCAGAGUCUGCAGGGUACUGAGACUAGCACAAGUGCUGAAGGCCAAAAAGAUCAGACUUUUGCUGAAAACCGUCAUCAAGACGUUGUCACAGGUUGGAAAUCUAUGUCUGCUCUUCACAUUCUUCUUUUUCAUCUAUGCAGCCUUAGGAGUGGAGCUGUUUGGCAAGCUAGAGUGCACAGACGAUUACCCGUGCCGUGGCUUAGAUCGACACGCCAACUUCAAGAACUUUGGGAUGGCCCUGCAAACACUGUAUAAAGUCUGCACAGGAGACAACUGGAGUGCCAUUAUGAAAGACACGCUGCGGGAAUGUCGCCCCACUCACAACUGUGUGAGUUACCUCUCCGUGGUCUCACCAGUCUACUUCACCAGCUUUGUUAUUAUGGCUCAGUUUGUGCUGGUCAACCUGGUGGUGGCGGCAAUCAUGCAAGCACUGGAGGAGAGCAACGAGGUAAAGGAACUGCAACCAUUUAGACGUAGAAAGCACAUAAACAUACAGCAACUCCACUGUCAUGCUUUAUUCUACAGUUUGGAGGAGGAAGAGCAGGACACUACGCCGCUCCCGUCAUCUGUAGGGGAGAACGCUGGAUCCAACCCCGUCUCCAGCUCCGGCUCCAGCUAA